CGCAGUGCGCGCAGAGUACAAACCACAGAGAGAAGCGGCUAAACUUUGCACCAUUGCUUUCACACACUCACGAAUCAUCGAAACCACAAACUCUUGCAAAAAACUCAUCAGUAUGUACUCCAGCAGGAUUGAUGAACCAAGGAGAGGAAGAUCUUUUGACUCCAUGAACACAGCCUUUGAUGAAAAGCAGCUCAACAAUGAGAUGAACAAGUCCAACUUCUGCAAGAUUGAGGAGAAUAAAGAGAAUAAGACCACCUCCUUGGACCGGGGGAGGGCUUCGGUGGUUUUCUCGCUGAAGAAUGAGGUUGGCGGACUGGUGAAGGCUUUAAAGCUCUUUCAGGAGAAACACGUAAACCUGGUGCACAUCGAGUCCCGUAAGUCCAAAAGGCGGAGCUCAGAGUUUGAGAUCUUUGUGGACUGCGACAGCAACCGGGAGCAGCUGAACGAGAUCAUCCAGCUCCUGUGCUCUCACGUCAACGUUGUGUCCAUGAACCCGCCGGACAACUCCUGCCUCCCUGACGAUGAUAUGGAGAGCGUGCCGUGGUUUCCCAAGAGGAUCUCUGAUUUAGAUAAAUGUGCAAAUCGAGUGCUGAUGUACGGCUCUGAUCUGGAUGCAGAUCACCCUGGUUUUAAAGAUAAUGUCUACCGGAAGAGGAGAAAGUAUUUUGCAGACCUGGCAAUGAGCUACAAAUGUGGUGAUCCCAUUCCUCGGAUUGAGUUCACAGAGGGGGAGGUGCAGACGUGGAGCACAGUGUUUCGGGAGCUCAACAAGCUAUACCCCAACCACGCCUGCCGGGAGUACCUGAAGAACCUGCCGCUUCUCACCAAGCACUGUGACUUCCGUGAGGACAACAUCCCGCAGCUUGAGGACGUCUCGCGCUUCCUCAAGGAGCGCACUGGUUUUACUAUCCGGCCCGUGGCGGGGUACCUGUCUCCUCGAGAUUUUCUGGCAGGGUUGGCGUUCCGAGUUUUCCACUGCACUCAGUACGUGCGGCACAGCUCCGACCCCCUCUACACACCUGAGCCAGACACCUGUCACGAGCUGCUGGGUCACGUUCCCUUGCUGGCUGAGCCGAGCUUCGCCCAGUUCUCCCAGGAGCUCGGACUGGCUUCUCUGGGGGCCUCGGAUGAAGCUGUGCAGAAACUGGCAACGUGCUACUUCUUCACAGUGGAGUUCGGCUUGUGCAAGCAGGAGGGGCAGCUCAGAGCCUACGGGGCCGGGCUGCUGUCCUCAAUCAGUGAACUCAAACACGCUCUCUCCGGGAAGUCCAAAGUGAAGCCGUUUGACCCCAAGGUCACCUGCAAACAAGAGUGCAUCAUCACCACCUUCCAGGAUGUCUACUUUGUGUCAGAAAGCUUUGAGGAAGCCAAGGAGAAAAUGAGAGAGUUUGUGAAGACCAUCAAGCGGCCGUUCAGUGUGCGCUACAACCCCUACACGCAGAGCGUGGACAUCCUGAAGGACAUCAAGAGCAUCACCACCGUGGUCAAGGACCUGCGGCACGAGCUGGACAUCGUCAGCGAUGCCCUCAGCAGGAUGAACAAGCAGCUGGGCGUCUGACCCUCCCGUCCCCCUCCUUCUGCUUUACCCCUCCCUCUAUUCCUGUAACAUCCCUGCCCCUCUUCCAGUUUCCCUUCGCUCCCCUUUAGCCUCCCCUUCUCCAUAGCCCUUUCAAAAGCUUACUGUGGCAUGGUAAAACAUAAGAAGACAUUUUGGGAACGAGAAAGGGCCAUGUGGCCCAUUCAAGGCUCGUCCCUUACACCAUAGUAAAGUAAAGAAGGCUUAGUAGAAGUGACAGCAUGGUGACAAACAUGGUGAAAGGCAGACUCCUUGCACGCUCACGGAUCCUGCGUCCAAGGCAGCAUGCCUGUCUUGUGACACAAAAUCAAACAGUUGUCAGAUACGAUAGCGCUGUGCUCAUUGCAGGCUUCUCAGGAACUUGCUUUAAGCAAACUGUGACCACAGCUCCUUCUAGAAGUGGCAGUGUAUCAUAUCCCAUAUGGAAAGUCAUUUUCAAUAUAAUAUUUUAUACAUGAAGUAUAUGUAGCUUUACAAUACAUAUGGUGAACCUAUAUUUUAAAUGCAGUAUAUGAAAAAAAACUAUUAAUAUAUUUUUUAAAAUAUUUUUAAAGCAUAUUUUCUUUCCACGUGGGUAAAGAUAGGGGGCUUCUACUACAUACAAGUGACAUGACAGUGACAUGACAAGAGCUUCAGGAAGUAUAAGUUGACAGUUCUGCUUUUUCUGCUCUUUCAUGACUCUGAAAUAAAUACAAAAAUAAAAAAAAUGCUGGAAA